UUGGCCAAAAGCUUUACCAAGUAAGCUUGCAGCUUGCCUCAAGGUACCUGCCACCAUCUUUUAGCUUGCCCUCCUCUUGAACCCUCCAUGCCGGACCUCUUUACUGGCACCCCAUGGACCGGCGACGGUCGACAUCAGCGCGCCGCCAAGGACAUACGCCAUAAUGCUACACUACGACUUGCAACAAGAUCGCGUGCGAUGGGCCAGAGCUUCCACCGCCCGGUCACCUGCGGCCGACGUAAGUAGAGCGCAGCUCGCCGCUGCUCUCGCUUAGCUUCGAAGCUCUUGUUCCUCAUGUCGCGCAUACGUUUCUUUUCCAUUUGGGUGAACCACCUGCGCUCCUUGCAUAGUUUCUGUCUCCCAAGAUAGAUACUCUUUGCCAUUUUGCAGACCGGUUAAGUCCGAAUCCGCCCCUUUGUGGACAUUCCUGCGCGUAUUUCCCAAUCCGGUUGCCUUGGUCCUCGACAGGGUAGACCGAUAUGGCACUUACAUUGAGCUUGAGCGCUCUCGCAGUUGGAGUCUUGGCGCAGUCGGCAUCAUCGGAAGAGAUCGUAUGGUCCUCGGUCGCCUACGUCUACCAUGGCGAACGGCAACCUCUUGUCGCCCUCGGCAGUCCAGUUCUCACACCGCUUGGAGCCCAGCAAAUGUUGGCCCAAGGCGCUCACUUUCGCUCCCGAUACUUAGGCAGUGGAACAUCUGAAAGCACCGGGAGCUCAUACCGUAUCCCGAGUCUUGAUCCAGAUUCUCUGGAUUCCACCAAGAUAAGCAUACUUUCCAGCGACGAUGCAUACGUCUCCUCGAGUGCCAUUGCGUUCAUGCAAGGCUUGUAUCCCCCUGUCACGGGAACCAUGGCCGGAAUUGCGGGAGGUGCUUCGGUCGCCAGGCUUGCCAACAAUUCUUUUGUCGAAUUUCCACUCAACGGCUAUCAGUACCCUAGAGUACAAGCAUCUUCGAUGUUGAGCUCUGAAUCGGUCUGGACCCAGGGAUACCGGGAUUGUCCUUCCAAAACUCACUCAGAGCUGGAUAUUGUCAAAAACGAGGAAAUGAAGAAGCUGAGAGCAGACUCACAACCUCUCUUCAACAAAUUUCGGGAUGUUUUGUUGGAAUCCUCGGGGCUGUUCAAGAGCGACUCGGGUUUAGAAUACGACUAUUUCGGCAAUGCUUACGAUGUUUACGACUUUGUCCGAUACAACUAUACCCACGACAAUGCCACGCAGACCAUCAUCCCACGGGCAGAUAUUGACAGCCUCCAGAAAUAUGCCGCUCGGCAGCAACAAGAGUUGCACGGUAACCUAACUGUGAGCGGUACAGAGCCAAAAGACCAGAUUCGCGCCAUCGGCGGCAAGACACUCGCCACGAGGAUUGUCUCGCAAAUCAGGGCAUCCGGUAAUGAUUUGGUCUCGACGCAUUCAAGCCUUCAAAAGAGCAAACUCACCUUGAUCUUUGGCUCUCAUGAACCCCUUGUAUCUUUAUUUUCACUCACUGGGCUCGUCAACGGUAACAGCAGGCAAGUCUUUGAGGCACUACCCAGCCCCGGGGCAGCAAUCCUUUUCGAAACUUUCACGGCCGGAGACAGGGCACCUGAGAAUGGCCAACAACCUCGAGUCGAAGACCUUUUAGUGCGCUUCUUGUAUCGCAACAGCUCGGAGGAUAGUGCACCAUUUGUGGCGUAUCCUCUUUUCGGCAGGGGCAACUCCGAAUGGCAGAUGAGAUAUACCGAAUUCACGGAGGCGAUGGACCGGAUAGUCGUGCCGACGUGGCAGCUGUGGUGUGCAGCUUGUGGCCAUGGGGCAACAUUCUGCCCUGGCAAUAAGGCUGUUACAUCGGGAUUGGAUGGAGUCAGCGCAUCGUACACAUCAAGAGGAAAUAUGAGCCUGGCAGUCGCAGGAGUUAUUGGUGCCGUUGCCGCCCUAGCACUCAUGACGAUUUUGACCGCCAUGGUAGCCCUUCUUGGCGGUCUCAGGGUCAGUCGCAGAAAUCAGACGCAGGCACAUGGUUCUGGAGGCCCUUUCGCGUCCGGUGGUUUCCGAGGCAAGGAGAAGAGAGAAAAUGAUCGUGACGUACAAGUCACCCCAGGCGGCAUCCGGCACGAACGUUCCGGUAGUUGGGAACUACGAAGCGCGGCUCCACAAAGUAAUCAACAAGCUGUGCGUGAUGUUAGUCCCAGACCCGGACUCUCCGUACUGCGGCCGCAAGGGAGUCAGAUGCCGGGGAAGCGAGGGGGCGAUGUAUCGCCACUGGACGAUGAGACGGGCAGCAUAUUCGGUGCAUCUCCUGUGGAGCCAAGGUCUGCCAUCUGAGCAUGGUAUUCUUUCUGUAUCUCGACAUGGACGCGAGCGGCCAACGUGUCGAUCUUUGAGAUGGCCACAAUGGUUCAGCUCGUCGCCAUGCCCAUGUGUCAUCCUUUGAUCAGAUUCAUACUCGCAACAUUCACGGCUAUCUUGCAUCUCUUCAACACCCGUCCGGUCUGAUAUACAGUAGUUUUGCACCUACACCUGUUCGACUUUUACUGUCUUGCAAUCCUGGGAUCUGGACAUCAGUGAUGGUUCUGGGGCUAGGGGUAAAGCUCUUUGGCAAGUUGGACCUACUGCAACUUGGAGCGAUGCUGCCAGCAUGUGGUACUUGCUAAAAGUUCAUUUUCACCAAAUAGGACUUUACCCUCAACCAUUCAUUGAAUGAGGGCAGGCUGGCUUUGUUGUCAGUCAUUGUAACUGAUUGGCCAACAUGAGACUAUACCCUUGUGGCAUUAAUUAUGAGCAAAGUAGGAACGGUUAUUUUGGUGGACGAGGAAUCUCGAAGCGACUACCUAGCUAUUGGUAGAUCCCUUGGGAGAAUCUUGAUGACAUAUUCUGUGUAGUUGGUUUAUAUCCACCGGUGUGUGUGCUCGUCAGAAAUUUACUCCGAUGGGGCACAUUUGGAAACACUCAAAGGUAUCACGAUUGAAACUGAAAAUCGAACCAAACUGACUCGCCAAGCGCAAUCUUUAACAGACCUUGAUUCUCACCUAGACUAGACCAAGUUCUAAUUAGUCUAGUUCUAGCUCUAGUCCACUUACACCAUCAUUAAUAAGCCCCCCGGCUAAGUCAAGUCUCGAACGGCACGUGGCAUGGUUUAUCUGCAGAUCAGUCAGAGGUGAUGAAGCCCGAGGGAAGCGGCAAACAUUCUAGACUAGAAUAUGUGCAACCUGGACCCCGCAAAAAAAAAAAAAAUGACGACUCGGAACAGCGAGUCAAAGAAGGUCGUCUCGACGAACGGUUCUCUGCAGAGAUUGGUUGGACUAUGCUGGACCGAACUGGGAGGUAGAAACAAAUCCAGCAAGCUAGGUACGUAGUAUGAAGUGGAGCCCAGACCAAGAAAAAGCCCAUUCCGGGGCUUUUUUUUCCCCUUGUUUAUUUCUAUGGUACAACAAUCCGCGAACAGAAAAAGCAAAUCGCCUCUUUGGGGAACGCGCACCUCGGCCGCAUCAUUGAAAAACAAAGUUCGGGAAGUGGGUUGGGCGGGCGAGUGGCACGCCUCGUCGGUUUGUCGCACUUUUGUUUGUGUUUGGUUGGCUCUGAGCCAUACACGACUCUGUACGUACAUGCCUACCUAACGCUAGCCGCACAAACCGUUGGUCAUUGCAAUCCGGGGGCUCCAUUUUAUUUAUUUUCUUCCCUUUUUUUCUCUUUGGUUAUUUUGACAGCGAACAAAAAAUAUCGG